AUCUGCUGUGGGGCUAGUUCAGUGCAACAGUCUCUCUGCAUCUGCGCUACCCUCUGACUGCUCCACUCCGCGGUCUGUGAAGCACUAAUCAUGGGACAGCAGGGGCAAGGAUGGCUGUUCUACGCGACCCUUCUUCUGGGGUGGGCAGUGUCUGUGCAUGGUCUGACCCGGGCAGAGUUCUUCCCGUUCGGCAAAACCACUGGAGACCACGUUCUGGAACAGGGGAAUGACCUCUCGCAACAACUAGCGCUGGAUAAACCCGUUUUAUUCUACGAUGGAAAGUUCGAUAACAUCUUUAUCAACACCAAUGGGUUCGUUGCCAUGGCACAGCCCAGUGCUGAGUCCACAUACCUUGGUAAGAUGCCCGCCGGGUUCGGCAUGAUCGCGGCCCUGCACGGCGACCUGGAUACUGGUGACGGCGUGGGUAAGGUGUACUACCGUCAGGAUGCCAGCCCAGCCACCCUGCGGCAGGCUGCAGAGCAGAUUAACAGGGCUUUUCCAGAGGACGAUGAGGUGGAGCCGGAACACGCGGUGGUCGUCACCUGGGUAGAUGUGGCUUCCAGGCAACACCAUGACCACAGCAGAGGAGACGGACUGGAGAAACAGAGGAAUAGCUUCCAGCUGGUGAUAGCGUCAGCUGAGACGACCUCCUAUGCCAUCCUGCUUUACCCCAGGAAGGGGAUGCAGUUUGCCUCCACAGCUGUAGGAGGCAGUAGUCAGGCCAUGCAGGCGGGCUUCAGUAAAGGGCUGGUCAACUACCUGGUGUUCAGCACCCGACAGGGACCGUACUACCGCAUCACCACCGAGAGGGAGACCUCUGUCAGGGCGCUAGCAGAGGAGACCAACUCAGGUAAGCGAGGUGUGUGGGUGUACGAGAUUGGGACUUCCCCUUACUUCACCAGUGUGGCCCCAGGAGAGGUGACAGACCUGCCCCCAGACACAGGCCUGGAGUCAAGGGUCUCGGAGGAGGCUACCUCAAAGAGGUAUCCGGGAGGAGGGCAACAAGUGACGUAUUCUCCCUACGAACCGGAGGAGGAGGUGUAUCGCAAGGAGCAGCCUCACCAGGGACCUCACCACGGGGGCCAGUUCACAGUCCACACGGUCCAGUACCAGCCUCAGGUGGUGGUAGUAGAUGAUGGAGACAUCAACGUGGAUGUGUUCUCCUACAACUCUGAGACAUGUGCCAACAACAGAAAUAAGUGUUCCACCUUCGCCGACUGUAAAGAUUACGCCAGCGGUUACUGUUGUCACUGCCGGCCCGGCUACUAUGGCAACGGAAUACAGUGUGUGUCAGAGGGUAAGCCCCAGAGGAUGAACGGCAAGGUGAAUGGCAGGGUGUACGUGGGCAACUCUCCGUCUCCCGUCGAGUUCAACAGCAACGACCUGCACUCGUACGUGGUAGCCAAUGACGGGCGAGCAUACGUGGCCAUCAGCACCAUCCCUGCCAGGCUAGGCCCCUCCCUCCAGCCCCUGUCAGCCCUGGGAGGAGUCAUCGGAUGGGCCUUUGCCCUGGAGCAGCCUGGAUACAAGAACGGAUUCAGCAUCAUCGGUGGUGAGUUUACGUGUCAGGCUGAGGUGACCUUCCUACCAGCCCAGGAGAAGCUGACCAUCAAACAGGUGUUCAGUGGAAUAGAUGAGCAUGAUCACCUGGUGGUCAGUACCACUCUGGAGGGACGUGUCCCCGAAGUUCUCAGAGGAUCCACUGUCCAGAUAGAACCCUACUCUGAGAUCUAUCAGUACAGCUCCAACCUGAUCACGUCUUCCUCUACAAGGGACUACACUGUGAGUCUGGAUGAUGGCUCUGCUGAGACCAGGACUUACCAGUGGAGACAGACCAUCACCUUCCAGAGCUGUCCAAAUGACGAGGCUGCAAGGGCCGUGCUGCCCACACAGAUGCUGAGUGUGGACCAGGUGUUUGUGAUGUACGACUCCAACAACGAGCUGAUCCGAUACGCCAUGAGCAACAAAAUCGGUGAUGUCAACGGAGGCCAGCAGAAAGAGGAAAAUUCCUGUUUCACUGGGAGACACGGCUGUGACACCAACGCUGUCUGUAGACCCGAACAGGGAACACAGUUCACCUGCCAGUGUGCUGCUGGCUUCACUGGAGACGGACGCUCUUGUUACGAUAUUGAUGAGUGUAGAGAGAUCCCUCUGGCCUGUGGAGAACACUCAGUCUGCAACAACCAGCCCGGAACCUUCCGCUGUGAGUGUAAUGAUGGAUACCAGUUCGCCAGCGACGGGCACACCUGCAUAGGAGUGGACCGUCCAGUAGACCACUGCGCGGCCGGCAGCCAUGACUGUGACAUCACGGAGCGCGCUCACUGCAGCUACAGUGGAGGAUCCUCUUAUAUCUGCUCCUGUUUGCCUGGGUUUCAGGGACACGGACGUGUCUGCCAAGAUAUUGAUGAGUGCCAGUCUGCCAGGUGCCACCAGAAGGCUGUGUGUUAUAACACCCAGGGGUCCUUUACCUGCCAGUGCAGGCCAGGUUACUAUGGUGACGGCUUCUACUGCUCCUCAGAGCAUACGAAGUCGCAGUGUGAGACCCACAGGGACCGUCUCCUAGGCUCUACAGAGUACGGGCCCCAGCCGGUGCCUGGUCAGUACGUGCCUACCUGUGACAGCCAGGGAGCCUACGAGGCCUCCCAGUGCCACGGUUCCAUCGGACAUUGUUGGUGUGUUGACCGUAACGGACUGGAGAUCCCAGGAACACGCACUGGGCCCGGCAGAGGCAGACCACUGUGUAUAGAACAAGGACCAACAGUUCGUCCCGCAGUAGGCCCUACUCCCAGGCCAGAUGUUUACCCUCUACCCCCCGGCACACACCUGCUCUUUGCUCAGAGUGGACGCAUCGAGUUUGUCCCAUUGGAGGGCUACAACAUGAAGAAGACAGAGGCAAAGACUGUCCUGCAUCUACCGGAGAAGGUGAUCAUCGGGGUGGCCUAUGACUGUGUGGAGAAGAUGGUGUACUGGACAGACAUCACAUCCCCCUCUAUCAGCAAGGCCAACCUGCAGGGAGGAGGAGCCAUCCCUGUCAUCAGAUCAGAUCUGGAGAGUCCAGAAGGGAUCGCUAUAGACCAUCUGGGUCGUACCCUGUUCUGGACAGAUUCUAUGAAGGACCGCAUCGAGGUGGCCUCUCUGGAUGGGACCAAGCGACGUGUCCUCAUCGACACAAACUUGGUCAACCCCCGAGCCAUCAUCGUUGACCCUGUCAAUGGCAACAUGUACUGGGCAGACUGGAACCGUGAUGCUCCUAAAAUCGAGACUUCUGCCAUGGAUGGGACCAACAGGAGAGUUCUGGUGAAGGAUGACCUGGGGCUACCUAACGGACUCACCUACGACCCGCAGAGCUCUCAGCUGUGCUGGGCCGAUGCAGGAACCCACAUGAUUGAGUGUAUGAACCCAGCGCAGGGAGACAGGAGGAAGGCCAUGGGGGCGAUCCAGUACCCAUUUGGAAUCACCUCCCAUGGGAAGAACAUCUACUACACUGACUGGAGGAGGGAUGCAGUGAUCAUGGUGGAUCGUCAAGCUGGGACGGAAACGGACGUGUUCCUGCCUCAGAAACAGACCAGGCUAUACGGAAUCACCACGGCAUACGCUCAGUGCCCCUCAGGUAAAAACUACUGUGCCGUGAACAACGGAGGAUGCACACAUCUAUGUUUGGCCACACCCAGAGGUCGCUCCUGUCUGUGUCCCAACAAUGCACUGGGCGUCAGCUGUGUGGAGAGCGAGGGGGGCAGGUUUUGAGGUGGAGAGAGAGGGGGGCAGGUAUUGAAGUGGAGAAGGAGGGGGGCAGGUAUUGAAGUGGAGAAGAGGGGGCCAGGUUUUGAAGUGGAGAAGAGGGGGCCAGGUUUUGAGGUGGAGAAGGAGGGGGGUAGGUAUUGAGGUGGAGAAUGAGGGGGGUAGGUAUUGAGGUGGAGAAGGAGGGGGGUAGGUAUUGAGGUGAUGAGACAGACAGGGCACUCAGAAAUAAUGGCUACAUCAUGUGUAUUUGAUCUUAUCUGUAACUCUGCAUUUUUGUAAAAGGACCGUAAAGAAAGCAUUUCACUGUUAGUCUACACCUGUUAGUCUACCAAGCAUGUGACAAGUGGAAUUGGACUUGAUUUGAUUCCAGGCUGACUACAUUGUAGACGCCUGCCAGAUCUCACAACACCUGGAUGUCUGUUUAAUUAACAUACAGUUUAUCUGCUAAGCACAUCAUUUGAUAUAUCAACCAACCAACCAAUCAAUCAAUAACAUUGACUUUAUAAAGCCCUUUAUAUACCAGCAAUCGGAUGUAAUAUAACAAACUGGUGUUAGGCCUCGCAGUCCGUGAUGUAGCAUGCAACCGUUGGUUGAUACAAUGCAACAGAGAAUACGAUGUAGUCGGGCCGAGAACGUACCCACAGAUAGAUAGCCUAAUGUCUUCUCUCUGGUGCCCUGGGGAGUUAGAUGCUGCUAGUCUCUAACGUAGAAAUAUAAACCAUAGAACAGGUCUCACCGUUCAUGUCAAUGAUGUCAUAAUGGGGUAGGCUGGCAGCCUUUACGAGUGUAGCCAAAAGAUUAUCAGUCAAAUCACCAGGGUUAGAGCCCUUUCUAUAGAUGAUAUUUAUAUCUAGACUGUAGCUGUUCUGAACAUCGCCACUGAAACAAUUUGAUAUUUUUAUCCCAGCCAGUUUUUUUUAUUAAUCCUGUUAUAAAGUCACAUACAUUUUUAUUUAGAAUUGUAAAUAAAUACCUUUGAAGUAUAAAUACAUUGUUCUAUGGAGCUGGUUAAGAGUAUUUCAAGAAAAAUGUUUUUUUUUGUUGUGUGUGUUAGUAUUAUUCUAUCAAGGCAACUGUUGGUCAAAAUAAAUCUUAGCUUGUUACGACUCCCCUCCUUGCUCUGUGAAAAGUGUGGCAUCAGAUCACCCCCACAUCCCCAAAAUGUAUUUUUUGUGUGUGUUAGUAUUCUAUCAAGGCAACUGUUGGUCAAAAUAAAUCUUAGCUUGUUACGACUCCCCUCCUUGCUCUGUGAAAUGUGUGGCAUCAGAUCACCCCCACAUCCCCCAUUUAAACACCAUACUGAAGUAUGUUACAGAGUCGACUGUAUUCACUGCUGGGGUGGCAGACAGGAGUUUACUGUACAUCCUGUGCAGCUAUCCAAUAAAAAUAUGUUGUUGUUUUUUUA